AUGCCCAGCCCAUCCAAGAAGCGGAAGCUCAACGACCAAUCCUCAUCCGGAGUGCCGUCGAGGGGACUGGAGUACUUCUUUUCAAAACAGAGGCAGAAUGGCAGCACCACGCCUAAAGAAACAUCAAAGGAUACACCAGAGGCCACGCCGAAUAGUCACGCAGUGAAUGGUGAGAAUUCGGAGUUGACGGAUGAGGAGCUCGCAAGGAGACUGCAAGCCGAGUGGGAUGCCGAAGUCCAGAAUGAGAGGGCCGCCUCGACGCCAUGUCCUGAGCCUGCAAAAGAGUCUUCUCCAUUAGAAGCAUCGAAAGUUCAGGAAGUACCAUCAGCUGUCGCCGAACCGUCCAAGCCAGCUGUCGUGCUACCGCAGGCGCCCAAGAAGAACACUCUGUCACUGUCUUCGGUAGCCAACGCGGAAGACACCGCAUCAGCGACGAUUCCCCUAGAUCAAAGUCCUCUGACAUUUGACCCAUCAGAGUUUACCCCUCAGCUCAAGGAGCAGUGGGCGUCUGAAGGGGGCCAUGCAUCUUACGCAUUCCUGACAAGAUGCUUCGUGUUAGUGAACGGCACGCAAAGCCGGAUCAAGAUCGUCGACACCUUGGUCAACUCCAUCCGGGUGCUGAUCGAAGCAGAUCCAGACAGUCUUCUUCCGGCAGUUUGGCUAGCGACAAAUGCCAUUUCACCUCCUUAUAUCUCCUUGGAAUUGGGUCUGGGUGGGUCGGCGAUAUCUAAGGCACUGAAGCAGGUGUGCGGCUUAGAUGGUCGGGCCUUGAAGACAAUAUACGACAAGUAUGGCGACGCGGGCGAUGUAGCGUUUGAGGCGAAGAAGAAACAGAGCUUCACACUGCGUAAGCCGAAGCCGUUAACAAUUCAGGCUGUCUACCAGUCCUUGGUUAAGAUCGCAAACAGUCAAGGGCAGGGAAGCGGUGAAGCUAAGCAGAGAAUCGUUGAUCGAUUGCUUCAAGAUGCGCGUGGUGGCGAAGAGAGCAGGUACAUUGUACGGACUCUGUGUCAGCAUUUGCGAAUUGGCGCUGUGAAGACGACUAUGCUGAUCGCCCUUUCCAGAGCUUUCCUACUCUCGCGUCCGGCAGGAACAGAGUUCCAUCUGCGGUCUGCGAAAGACUUGCAGAAACUGAAAAAGGAUGAGCUGGCCGAGGUAUGGAGCAAGGCAGAAGAAAUCGUCAAGGCAUGCUUCGCGCGGCGGCCGAAUUACAACGACCUCGUCCCGGUCUUGCUAGAAAUUGGCGUCUGCGACGAACUCCUGAUACGCUGCGGCCUGACACUGCACAUUCCUCUACGGCCCAUGUUGGGAAGCAUCACAAGGGACCUCUCGGAAAUGCUCACCAAGCUGCAAGGCAGAGAUUUUGCAUGUGAGUUCAAGUAUGAUGGCCAGCGCGCACAGAUCCACUGCGAUGAGAAGGGGAAGGUCACCAUCUUCUCGCGGCACCUCGAACUCAUGACCGACAAAUACCCCGACUUGGUCGCGCUGAUGCCCAAGAUCCGCGGCGAAGGCGUAGAUAGCUUCAUCAUGGAGGGUGAAGUUGUUGCGGUGGAUAGAGAAACUGGCGACUUGAAGAACUUCCAGACACUCACGAACCGCGCUCGCAAAGAUGUCGCGAUUGGCAGCAUCCAGGUCGAUGUGUGCAUGUUUGCGUUCGACCUCAUGUUCCUGAACGGGCAGCCUCUGCUGGACAGACCAUUCCGGGAGAGGAGAGAGCUUCUCCGUUCCAUGUUCAUUGAGGUUUCACACCAGUUCACUUGGGUCAAAAACUUGGAUGCUACAUCACAGGAUUCCGACGCCGUCCUGGAUUUCUUCAAACAAGCGACAGACAUCAAAUGCGAGGGCAUCAUGGUCAAGAUCUUGGAUAAUUUGACAGACAUCCCGUAUCAAGGCGACGAUACCGCCGAAGCCGACAGAGAGACAGCCGAAGAACCCAAAACACCCUCCAAAACGAAGCGAGGGAAAGGCGCCAAGGACGAAGAAGCCCCCAAGAAAAAGGGCCGUCGCAAGCCCCUGCUCGCAACAUACGAGCCCGAUAAGCGCCUCGACUCGUGGCUCAAGGUCAAGAAGGACUACAGCUCGAGCUUCGACACGCUCGACAUGAUCCCCGUCGCGGGCUGGCACGGCCAGGGGCGCAAGGCCAAGUGGUGGUCGCCGAUCCUCAUGGCUGUGCGUAACGAGGACACGGGGUCCCUCGAGGUGGUGUGCAAGUGCAUGUCAGGCUUCACGGACGCCUUCUACAAGGCGAACCGGGACUUUUACGACGACGGCGAGGCGACGGGGGAGAGGCGUAAUACGCGGGGCCAGAAGCCCGGGUUCGUGGAGUACUCUGGCCCGGAGCCGGACGUGUGGUUCGAGCCGCAGGAGGUUUGGGAGAUGGCGUUUGCCGAUGUGACGUUGAGUCCGACGUACACGGCUGCUAUUGGGCUGGUGAGCGAGGACCGCGGGUUGAGUCUGCGGUUUCCGAGGUUUUUGAAGAAGAGGGAGGAUAAGGGGCUGGAGGAGGCGAGCACGAAUGAGUUUCUGGCUGGGUUGUGGAGGAAGCAGGAGGCGAAGGCGCCUGUAAAGGAGGGUGCUGCGGCCGGAGAUGAAGAUGAGGAAUGA